GAAACAGAUGGAUUCUUAGAAAAGGUGCAGCUCUGUUUUUAUAUGGUCAUUAGUUGAAGAAACAUUUGGUCAGUCACCGUGAUUAUUUUGAAGAUCCUUCUAGGAACCGAUGUUUGUCAGUGCAGCCGUUUUGACCCUGCCCUGGUCUCCAACACCUCCCACCAGUUUCUCUGAAGAAGACUUCCGGUGGUGUGUCAUGGCGGUGGCAUGGUGAAUCCUACAGAAAGGGAAAAAUAUUCGCCCCUGUGGUCCUCUCCCGUCGAUUCAGGGCAGAUUUUCAUGCAGAAAUAAGCGCGUCAGCUCCGGCCUCGCACCUAGGAUCAGCCAGCGCAGCGCUGCGGUGUCCCUCCGCCCGGCCAUGGCGGCUCACAAACCCGUGGAGUGGGUCCAGGCCGUGAUUACAAGAUUUGAUGAGCAGCUUCCCAUCAAAGUUGGACACCAGAACACCCACACCAAAGUCAGCACAGAGCACAACAAGGAAUGUCUGAUCAACAUCUCCAAGUACAAGUUUUCCCUCGUCAUCAGUGGCCUCACCACCAUCCUCAAAAAUGUCAACAAUAUGCGAAUAUUUGGAGAAGCUUCUGAGAAGAACCUCUACCUCUCCCAGCUCAUUAUCCUGGACACACUGGAGAAGUGCCUGGCUGGGCAAUCUAAGGACUGCUUACGUCUGGAUGAAACCAUGCUGGUCAAACAGCUGCUGCCGGAGAUCUGCCAUUUCAUCUAUACGUACCGUGAAGGCCACCAGCACGCCGCUGAGCUCAGGGCCUCGGCCUCAGCCGUCCUCUUCUCACUGAGCUGCAACAACUUCAACGCCGUCUUCAGCCGCAUCUCCACUAGGCUCCAGGAGCUGACGGUGUGCUCCGAGGACAACGUGGACGUUCAUGACAUAGAGCUGAUGCAGUAUAUCAAUGUGGACUGCUCCAAGCUGAAGAGGCUGCUACAAGAAACUGUCCUGAAGUUCAGAGCUCUGAAGAAGCCUGCCCAGCUUGCAGUCAUCAACAGUUUAGAGAAGGCAUUUUGGAACUGGGUGGAGAAUUACCCUGAUGAGUUCACCAUGCUCUACCAGCGACCACAGGCAGAUAUGGCAGAAGCUGCAGAGAAGCUGUUUGAUCUGGUGGACAGCUUUGCAGAGAGCGCCAAGAGGAAGGCAGCAGUGUGGCCUCUGCAGAUCAUCCUCCUCAUCCUUUGUCCAGAGAUCACACACACUAUCUCCAAAGACACUGUGGAAGACAGCAAGGCCAACAAGAAACUGUUCCUGGACAGUUUGAGGAAAGCUUUAGCGGGUCAGGGUGGCAGCAAACAGCUGACGGAGAGUGCUGCCAUUGCCUGUGUCAAACUGUGUAAAGCCUCCACCUACAUCAACUGGGAGGAUCACUCCACCAUCUUCCUCCUGGUCCAGUCCAUCGUCAUAGAUCUCAAGGCUCUGCUUUUCAACCCAGCCAAACCCUUCUGGAGGGGGAUGGGCAGCCAGAAUGCUGACGUGGAGCUUAUGAUGGACUGCUUCGUUUCCUGUUUCCGCAUCAGUCCUCACAACAAUCAGCACUUUAAGGUCUGUUUGGCUGCCUCCUCCCCCUCCACCUUUCAUUUUGUCCUGGUCAACUCAUUGCACAGAAUAAUCACCAAUUCCCAUCUGGACUGGUGGCCUAAGAUUGAUGCAGUAUACUGCUACUCUGGAGAGCUUCGCUUUAUGUUCUCAGACACCCUCAAUCGGGUGAUCCAGGGCGUCGGCACCCACGCUCCACUACGCAUGACACCGAGUCUGACAUUCAAAGGGAAGAUGACCACCAGCCUUAAGUUCAAAGAGAAAACCACAGACCUGGACACUCGAAGUUACAAGUGCCUCCUCCUUGCUCUGGUUAAACUCAUCCACGCUGACCCCAAACUCAUGUUGCAUAACCCGGUGAAACAGGCACCAGAGAUGCAGAGCAGCACAGCAGAGCUCAUCACUGGCCUGGUGCAGCUAGUGCCUCUAACCAACACCACCCAGCUCUCACAGGAAGCCAUGGAGGCUCUGUUAGUCCUACACCAGCCAGAGACCAUAGAGCUGUGGAACCCUGAUUCCCCCAUAGAGACAUUCUGGGACAUCAGUUCUCAGGUGCUCUUUCUCAUCUGCCGUAAGCUGAUUGGACAGCAAAUGGUUAAUGGGACAGAGGUUCUGAAAUGGCUGAGGGAGAUCCUCAUCUGUAGGAACAAGUUUCUGCUCAAGAACAAGGAGUGUGCCACUAUGGGUGGAGGGAUCCCCAUCUGCCGGCAGGCGCAGACAAAACUGGAGGUGUGUCUCUACAUGUUCCUGUGGAGUCCGGACACUGAGGCUGUACUGGUAGCCAUGUCGUGUUUCCGCCACCUCUGUGAGGAGGCUGACAUCCGCAGUGCUGCCGAUGAGGUUCCCGUUCAGAACAUCCUGCCCAACUACGCCACCUUCAGUGAGCUGGCUUCCGUCAGCAACAUGAUGGGAACGGGCCGGUCUACUCUGCAGAAGAGGGUGAUGGCCUUGUUAAGGAGGAUAGAACACCCUACACCAGGGAACAUUGAGGCUUGGGAGGACACGUAUGCUAAAUGGGACCAGGCCACCAAACAGAUUCUCAACUUUCCCAAAAACAAGGCUGAUGAUGGGCAGCAGGAGUGGAUCAACAUGACAGGCUUCUUGUGUGCUCUGGGCGGCGUGUGUCUCCAGCAACGCAGCACCCCUGGCCCGGCCACCUACAGCCCACCUAUGGGCCCCAUGAGUGAGCGUAAACACUCAAUGAUCUCCAUGGGCCCCUGCGAUGUAUCCAACCCCAUGGCCUCGGCCUCGUCCUGCUCCUCGUCGGCCUCAAACGAAACGCCCGUCAGCCGCUUCCUGGACCGGCUGCUGGUCUUGCUUGUUUGUGGCCACGACAGGGUUGGCCUCCACGUUCGCACCAAUGUUAAAGACCUGCUGGGGCUGGAGCUCAGCCCUGCCCUCUACCCCAUGCUCUUCAAUAAGCUGAGGAACAGCAUUGGCAAGUUCUUUGACACACAGGGACCGGUUCCUAUAAAUGACACUAAUACCCAGUUUGUGGAGCAAACCAUAGCCAUCAUGAAGAACCUGUUGGAUAACCACACAGAGGGCAGCUCUGAACACCUGGGACAGGCCAGCAUCGAGACCAUGAUGCUCAACCUGGUCAGGUAUGUGCGCAUCCUGGGCAAUGUGGUCCAUGCCAUCCAGAUCAAAACCAAGCUGUGCCAACUGGUGGAGGUGAUGAUGGAGAGAAGAGACGACCUGUCCUUCUGCCAGGAGAUGAAGUUCAGGAACAAGAUGGUGGAGUACUUGACAGACUGGGUGAUGGGAACCUCCAACCAAGCCGCUGAUGAUGACAUCAAGUGCCUGACGAGGGACCUGGACCAGGCCAGUAUGGAGGCAGUGGUGUCUCUAUUAGCUGGUCUUCCUCUACAGCCAGAGGAAGGGGAUGGAGUAGAACUGAUGGAGGCCAAAUCUCAGCUCUUCCUCAAGUACUUCACCCUGUUCAUGAACCUGUUGAAUGACUGCAGUGAGGUGGAGGAUGAGGGACAGGCGGUAGGGGGACGAAAGAGAGGAAUGUCUCGACGACUGGCCUCCCUCCGCCACUGCACUGUCCUGGCAAUGUCCAAUCUGCUCAACGCUAAUGUAGACAGUGGCCUCAUGCACUCUAUCGGUCUGGGCUACCACAAGGACCUGCAGACUCGAGCCACCUUCAUGGAGGUGCUGACCAAGAUUCUGCAGCAGGGAACAGAAUUUGACACGCUGGCAGAGACGGUGCUGGCUGACCGCUUUGAGAGGCUGGUGGAACUGGUCACCAUGAUGGGAGACCAGGGAGAGCUGCCCAUCGCCAUGGCACUGGCUAACGUGGUUCCUGGCUCUCAGUGGGAUGAACUAGCCCGAGUCCUGGUGACUCUGUUUGACUCCCGUCACCUCCUCUAUCAGCUGCUGUGGAACAUGUUCUCUAAAGAGGUAGAGCUGGCUGACUCCAUGCAGACACUGUUCAGAGGAAACAGCCUGGCCAGCAAAAUAAUGACCUUUUGUUUCAAGGUGUAUGGAGCAGCUUAUCUGCAGAAGCUGCUGGAGCCUUUAUUAAGAGGAGUAAUCACCACUCCAGAACACAUCAGCUUUGAGGUGGACCCCACCAGGCUUGAGCAAGGCGAGAACCUGGAGGAGAACCAGAGGAACCUGCUGCAGAUCACCGAGCGCUUCUUCCAGGCCAUCAUUGGCUCGUCUAGCGAGUUCCCCCCACAGCUCCGCAGUGUCUGCCACUGUCUCUACCAGGCUACUUGCCACUCUCUACUGAAUAAAGCAACAGUAAAAGAAAAAAAGGAAAACAAAAAAGCAGUGGUGAGUCAGCGCUUCCCACAGAACAGUAUUGGUGCAGUGGGCAGCGCCAUGUUUCUACGCUUUGUCAACCCAGCUAUUGUGUCUCCGUACGAGGCCGGCAUCUUGGACAAGAAGCCCCUGCCCAGGAUAGAGCGGGGUCUCAAACUCAUGUCCAAGAUUUUGCAGAGUAUUGCAAACCACGUCUUGUUUACAAAAGAAGAGCACAUGAGACCUUUUAAUGACUUUGUGAAGAGCAACUUUGAUUCAGCCAGGAGGUUUUUUUUGGACAUAGCAUCUGACUCUCCGCCCAGUGACUCUGUCAACCACAGUCUGUCCUUCAUCAGUGAUGGUAAUGUGCUGGCACUCCACCGCCUGCUGUGGAACAACCAGGAGAGGAUUGGCCAGUACCUUUCCAGCAACAGAGAUCACAAGGCUGUUGGCAGACGACCCUUUGACAAGAUGGCAACCCUGCUGGCCUACCUUGGACCUCCUGAACACAAACCAGUGGCUGACACUCACUGGUCCAGUCUAAACCUGACUAGCUCCAAGUUUGAGGAGUUCAUGACCAGGCAUCAGGUCCAUGAGAAGGAGGAGUUCAAGGCCUUAAAGACCCUUAAUAUCUUCUACCAGGCAGGAACGUCCAAGACUGGGAACCCAGUAUUCUACUAUGUGGCCCGCAGGUUCAAAACAGGCCAGAUCAAUGGUGACCUGCUCAUCUACCACGUCCUUCUUACCCUCAAACCCUACUAUGCCAAGCCCUAUGAGAUAGUAGUAGACUUGACACAUGUAGGACCCAGCAAUCGCUUCAAGACCGACUUCCUAUCCAAGUGGUUUGUGGUCUUUCCUGGCUUUGCGUAUGAGAAUGUAGCAGCUGUCUAUGUCUACAACUGCAACACCUGGGUGAGGGAGUACACCAAGUACCAUGAGCGGCUGCUGACAGGCCUGAAGGGCAGCAAGAGGCUCCAGUUCAUUGAUUCUCCAGCUAAGCUGGCCGAGCACAUCGAACCUGACCAACAGAAGCUGCCUGCAGCCACACUGACCCUGGAGGAAGACCUGAAAGUGUUCCACAAUGCCCUGAAGCUGGCCCACAAAGACACCAAGGUCUCAAUAAAGGUCGGUUCAACGGCAGUUCAGGUGACCUCAGCCGAGCGGACCCGUGUCCUCGGCCAGUCGGUCUUCCUCAAUGACGUCUACUAUGCAUCAGAGAUCGAGGAGAUUUGCCUGGUGGAUGAGAGCCAGUUCACCCUCACCAUGGCUAAUCAGGGCACGCCGCUCACGUUCAUGCACCAGGAGUGUGAUGCCAUUGUUCAGUCCAUCAUCCAUAUCAGGACCCGCUGGGAGCUGUCACAGCCCGACUCCAUCCCACAGCACACCAAGAUCCGACCAAAAGACGUUCCUGGCACUCUGCUCAACAUCGCUCUCCUCAACCUGGGCAGCUCUGACCCUAGCCUGAGGUCUGCGGCUUACAAUCUGUUGUGUGCUUUGACGUGCACCUUCAACCUAAAAAUAGAGGGCCAGCUACUGGAGACGUCAGGCCUCUGCAUCCCAGCCAACAACACCCUCUUCAUAGUCUCAAUCAGCAAGACUCUGGCUGCUAAUGAGCCCCAUCUGACACUGGAGUUUCUGGAGGAGUGCAUCUCAGGCUUCAGCAAGUCUAGUAUUGAGCUGAAGCAUCUCUGUCUGGAGUACAUGACGCCCUGGCUGCUCAACCUGGUUCGUUUCUGUAAGCACAAUGAUGACGCCAAGCGCCAGCGCGUCACUGCAAUUUUGGACAAACUCAUCACCAUGACCAUCAAUGAAAAGCAGAUGUAUCCCUCUAUCCAGGCCAAGAUCUGGGGCAGCCUGGGCCAGAUAACAGACCUAUUGGACGUGGUCUUGGAUAGCUUCAUUAAGACCAGUGCCACAGGAGGCCUGGGCUCCAUCAAAGCAGAGGUCAUGGCUGACACUGCAGUGGCUCUGGCUUCAGGGAACGUCAAGCUAGUGUCCAGCAAGGUCAUUGGCCGGAUGUGUAAGAUCAUAGACAAGACGUGCCUGUCACCAACACCCACACUGGAGCAGCAUCUGAUGUGGGACGACAUUGCCAUCUUGGCUCGCUACAUGCUCAUGCUGUCCUUCAACAACUCCCUGGAUGUUGCAGCCCACCUGCCCUACCUAUUCCAUGUGGUGACCCUGCUGGUAGCCACUGGGCCGCUGUCCCUCAGGGCAUCCACCCAUGGUCUGGUCAUCAACAUCAUCCACUCCCUGUGCACAUGCUCGCAGCUCAACUUCAGUGAGGAGACGAAGCAAGUCCUGAGGCUGAGCCUGACUGAGUUUUCCCUGCCCAAGUUUUACCUGCUGUUUGGCAUCAGCAAAGUCAAGUCAGCCGCUGUCAUCGCCUUCCGCUCCAGCUACAGAGACCGCUCCUUCUCACCGGGCUCCUAUGAACGGGAGACAUUCGCUCUGUCCUCCCUGGAGACAGUUACUGAAGCCUUACUGGAGAUCAUGGAGGCUUGUAUGAGGGACAUCCCAGCCUGCAAGUGGUUAGACCAGUGGACAGAGCUCGCACAGAAGUUUGCAUUCCAAUACAACCCAUCUCUCCAGCCCAGAGCUCUGGUGGUGUUUGGCUGCAUCAGUAAGAGAGUGAGCCACAGCCAAAUCAAGCAGAUCAUCCGAAUCCUCAGCAAGGCCAGCCCUCUGCUCAGUAUAGACCGGGGUCUGGAGAGCUGUCUGAAGGGGCCAGACAAUUACAACAGCCAGGUGUUAAUAGAAGCCACAGUCAUUGCUUUGACCAAGCUGCAGCCUCUACUCAGCAAGGAGUCUCCCAUGCACAAAGCUCUGUUCUGGGUGGCAGUAGCUGUGCUGCAGCUGGAUGAAGUCAACCUGUACUCUGCUGGAACAGCCCUGCUGGAGCAGAACCUCCACACUCUGGACACGAUGCGUGUCUUCAACGACAAGAGUCCAGAGGAAGUUUUCAUGGAGAUCAGACGUCCUUUAGAGUGGCACUGUAAGCAGAUGGAUCACUUUGUGGGCCUUAAUUUUAGUGCCAAUUUCAACUUUGCACUGGUGGGCCACCUACUCAAAGGAUACAGACACCCAUCACCCACCACAGUAGCAAGGACAGUGAGAAUCCUGCACACACUGUUGGCUCUCAUCAGUAAACAUCUGAAGUGUGACAAGUUUGAGGUCAACACCCAGAGCGUGGCCUACCUGGCUGCUCUGCUCACUGUAUCUGAGGAGGUUCGGAGUCGCUGCAGCCUCAAACACCGGAAGUCACUGCUGAUCUCUGACCUGUCCAUGGACCCAGUACCCAUGGACACCUACUCCAGUCACAUCUCUGAUCCCAGCUGCAGAACUCUACGAGAGACUCAACCAUGGGCAUCACCUCAGGUUUCAGAACGCUACCUUUCAGCCCAUCCCUACCCCACAGUGGGCCAGAUAAGCCCACGAACACGCAAGUCCAUGAGCCUUGACAUGGGUCAGCCCUCACAGGCCAACACCAAGAAGCUCCUGGGCACCAGGAAGAGCUUUGAUCAUCUCAUAUCAGACUCCAAAGCACCAAAGAGACCAGAGAUGGAGUCGGGUAUGACCACCCCUCCCAAGAUGAGGCGUGUAGCAGAGAAUGACUACGAGAUAGAGACACAACGAAUUGGAAAUUCUCACCUUCGUAAAGUGUCUGUAUCAGAGUCCAACGUUCUGCUGGAUGAGGAGGUGCUGACCGACCCAAAGAUCCAGGCUCUGCUGCUCACUGUGCUCGCCACCCAGGUCAAAUACACCACUGAUGACUUUGACCAGCGGAUUCUGUACGAGUACUUGGCAGAGGCUAGUGUUGUCUUCCCAAAGGUUUUCCCAGUUGUCCACAACCUGCUGGACUCAAAGAUCAACACUGUGUUGUCCAUGUGCCAAGACACCAACCUCCUGAACCCUGUCCACGGCAUCGUCCAGAGUGUCGUGUACCACGAGGAGUCUCCCCCCCAGUACCAGCCCUCCUAUUUACAAAGCUUUGGCUUUAAUGGACUUUGGAGGUUUGCUGGACCCUUCUCUAAGCAAACCCAGAUACCAGACUAUGCCGAGCUGAUCGUCAAGUUUCUGGAGGCGUUGAUUGACAGCUAUCUGCCGGCGGCUGACGAGGAACGAGGGGAGGAGCAGCUGAGGACACCCACCUCCCCCUACCCCCCCACCAGCCAGAGCCAGCUCAGCAUCACUGCCAACCUCAACCUGUCCAACUCCAUGACCUCAUUGGCCACCUCACAGCACUCACCAGGUGUGGACAAGGAGAAUGUCCAGCUGUCGCCCAGCUCUGCUCUGUCCACCGGGGGGCGCACUCGCCACGGUUCAGCCAGUCAGGUCCAGAAGCAGCGCAGUGCCGGCAGCUUCAAGAGACCCAGCAUCAAGAAGAUCGUCUGAUCAGCCAGAGAACACCACCCUCACCCCGACUCUCCUCCUCCUCCUCCUUCUGUCUACCCCUCCCCCAGCCUGCCAGGCCUCAUGCUGCACUUCACCUUUUUAUUUCCUCCUUCAGCUCGUUGCUUCGGAGGGAGAACAGGUUAUUCUCUGUUGUGUGUUGAGGAGGAACUUCACCAACUUGAAUUCUGUGCUGCUUGAGAUUUUUUCCAAAUCUUUAAUUUGAACCAGCCUGCCAUGAAGGAGCAGCCUCUGUCCAGUUGUUUCUUUUCGAUAUCUAACUCCUCAUCACACUCCUGCAGCGUUCAACCACAGAGAGGGCUGAUGGGAAUAAGUCUGAACGUGAAGGCUGAGUUUGGUUGAGUUUGAAGAGGAACACGUUUCUUGGCCUUCGUCAUGAUGAUACUCCUGUGUCAGAGAGAUGGACCAAAUGACAGCAGCAGCAGCAGCAGCAGUGGAGGGGUGUGAACCUGUGGGACAGGACCCACACCUGGUCCUGCUCGGAUAUGUUGGCUCCACUCUCCCAGUACUGUAUAUAUUUUACAUAGACAGAUUAUGUAUAACUAGUCCUUAGUGCUAAUUUUGAUGUUGACGUUUUCUCCAUGGUGUGCCUUUGUCAGGGUUUUUCAAUUUAUACAAUUUGUAAAGUAAAGUCGAACCUUGCUGGGGACAGAGAACAGGUACUAAUUAUGGAGGCAAGCCGUCCAUAUCACCACAAGUUCAUACAAGCUGCGUCAUGACCAGCCUCCAAUGAUCGUCAGAUAUACAAUCAUCCAUAUACCCUGUUGCCUGAAAGUAUUUAUCCUGUAUAGCUAGAUAGUGUGACACAAAUCUUGUUCUUUUCAAACACUUUCAGAGGAUCGACAUGAAGAUUACAUAACACUAGGGGAAACUCAACAGUGUAAAUAGCUCCAAGCUUUUUUCUUUCUUUUCGUUUUUUGUGCAGUUGCUUUUAUUAAGCUGUUUUUUUAGUCUGAACUAUGUUUUCAGCAGCAUAGCAUUUUUAUUUGUUUACACAGUGAUAAGGAAAAUUGUGUAAUAGGCAAUAAUCCUCAACUCUCAAACUCCUCUGUCAACCACCAAUUUUAUUAUUUCAGUGAAGGGGAAGAAGACAUCACUGUCAGUGUGAUGCCUGUUAACAUGGAAAUGAAGCUCUCAUUGCUUACCUCCAAUGACCAUUAGACUACAACAGAGGCAGUGGACAGUGUGAUGUUAAAUACCACCACACACAAGCACACACACACACACACUGACACCAUGUGAUUGACCUCAGCUGUCUUUAAAGGAAACAUCCAUCCUAAAAAGAAGCUUUGACACUAUCAUUGGACAUCUCACUAUAGUGAUUAGUAAAACCACUUUUUCUACAGAAGUGUAAUAUGAUUAUAGUAAUGUUAGAGGCCAGAUAAACACGGCUGUUUGUCCAAACUGUAAAAUGUUCCUCUCACUUGCAAUAAUUAAAACCAACUGUAACUGUUGAAAAUUUUUAGACAAAUAUUGGGUGAUAUAUGUCAAUUGGAUUUUUUAACACACUGUCCCAGUGAUUCCCCUGACAGUCAGAACCUGAUGGUGGUUGUGAUGGGUCACGUCUGCCUGCAGGUUGAUCUGAUGUACUGAGAUGACUGAGGGUCAGCAGCUGCAUGGAGAGUGGAGACACACUGAUGGUUUGUUGUAGAAAUAGUCACAUGGUUUGUAGUGAACAGGUACACAUGUUGCCAUAGACUGGGAUUGUUUGGUUGAGCGGGUGCACCACCCUCCAUCUACUCCUCAGCUGGGGUCCGUUGGUUAAAAUGCAUCUAUCCUGCCUUAACAUCUAUGCAUGGCAAGAGUUGAGUAUUGUUGUGCAGCUAUUUUUGUCUGAGCAACGUCUCCACAUGUCUGCUGCUCAGUCUCACAUCAUUUUUUUAUGUGUUGGUGUCACCAUAAGGAGAUGGAUGUGAAUCAGUUUACUACAGAUUUAGUUUUUCUUGUUUUGCAGUCAACUGAGGAGAUGUGUUAUUUUCCUCCGUCCAUGCAGUUCAUUCAGUCAACACAUAAUCACUAGAUGAAUGCCAUAGAAAGGGAUAUUUUCAUCAGAGACGGCCUUAGAAACAAUAUUUUGUAGUUCAGCCUUAAAGAACAGUAUAAAGGGAAGAAUGGGUUUCAUACAAUAAAAACUAAAGUGACUGGUCCUGUUGAAACUGUGGAAGCCGACUGUAGCAGCUGAAUCCCGACUCUUCUUGUUGCCCUCCAUCUCUUAGAGAUUCACUCUUAACAAACCAAGAAACUGCUGAAAAUUCAGUGGACCCUGGCAAAUUGAUGCAUUGAUGUAAAACGUGAAGACAAACAUUUUUGUACUUGUUCUUCACACUCAAAGGUGGAGCAAAAAGCCUCCUGUCACAGAGACAUGAUGAAUUUGACUAAUGGGGACAACAGCACACACUUCUUAACAGCCUCUCCUCUGAGGUGUUGGUGGUGUAGUUCAAACCUUGCCUGUUUUCACACCUCAGUACACCUGGUCAGUCACUUUAAUAAAGUGUGUGUAACUGUUAGAUUGUCUGAAAAGGUAGAUUUAGAUUGGAGGUUCAAACACAUUCUGAGGCCUUCAGCUACUGAAGUUAUUGAACAAAUAAAUGAAACAUGUCAAAGUCCACAACCAGUUCACAUCAUGUUUUCCAAACUUUCUUUUAACUUGAACACAAAGAGCUAGAGCACACUGGCCAGCUGAGUUGUUACCUGAUGGAACAUUAACCCUCAUGUAAAUAGGCAUAACCCUCAUUCUGAGUUGAGCAUGGAGUCACGUUAUCUUUAAACUAUUAAAAGUCACAUUUUAUGACAGUUCUGUCAGUGUCUGUGAAGGUCCAGGCUGGAGGUCAGGACUGCUGAAGCUAUAAAGCUCUACAUUUGUGCAGAUUUCAGUUCCACAGCUCAGUUUCAUUCCAUAGAAAUAUCUCAUCGUAGAACUUUAUCCAUCGUCUCUCAUCACCACUCUCACCACUUUUCUUGAAGCUACACUUCCUGAUUUCCUUCAAACAUGUGUCCGCAAACCCUGAAUAACACAAUCAGUGAGUGUACCUUUAACAAAAAACAACCAGGAAAAAUCUGAAGGCAAGCUUUAUUUGAGCACCGUGUUAGCAGAUCACCAUUGUUUCCAGGUUUUAGUUUGACUUGUGUGUGAAUGGAAAUAUUAAGGAUUAUGUAUCCAUAACCUCUUAAACAAGUGGUUGACUUGCACUAAUUUAAAAACAGUCAUAGGUUUGUAAAGAUGAAAAACCUCAAAGUGUGGCAUGUUUUAAUUGAUGUUAUGCAAAAUCUAAUGUCUGUAGAGUAUUAGUCUGAGUUUUGUUUUUAAUGCAGUAUGUGUGACAAUUGUAAAUACUUUGUGUACAAUUUGAGAUGGUAUAUUUACUACACUGUACAUACAUGUGAUAUUGUAUCAUUUUGUUUUUGUAAAGCAGUUAGUUUCUGUAUAAUAAUAUACAAAUUGAACUAUUCCAGUGUUAGUAAUAAAAUGUUUUGCUCUCCAA